UCUACCAACCUUCACCCGAGAGUGAGGAACUGGGCCUUGCCUUGAAAGCCACGCCCCUGGUUGAAGUGACAUCCCGCACAUCUGCACAGCAAUGGACAUCAGAGUGCCUAAAGCACACUGCCUGAGCUGGCUAGUGAGUUACGACUUCCACGACUUUGAACUCACCUUACAAAUUAUCGGCCCCAUCCCAGCCGAAAUUAUACCGGAAGAAAGCACAGAUCAUACCGUGUGGACAGCACCCUUCAAGAUCAUCACUAUUGUCUCAGUCAUGCCAGUCGUCCAAGAACAAGUGUGCAGAACAAAGCUAACCGAGGAUCACCAGCUCUCUGUUUACAUGAUUUCUGACAACCUCACAUGCGAGAAGGACAAUGCUACUGCACAGCUAACAGCACAUGAGUCAAACGAAUUAAUGACGGAAGAGCCGUACCCGGGAUUUGAGACACAGGCAGACUGGCUAGAGGGUCAUCAGCUGGCUGCAGCAAUGAACUUCCGCUUUCCCCAGUGUGUUUCCACACCUCUAAAAACCCUUAUUCCUAAUGCUAGCAAUGAGGCUCUGACACUGAUGAAGGAUUUGCUGUAUUGGGACCCAAAAAAGAGACCUACUGCUGUGCAGGCACUCAGGUACCCUUACUUCCAAGUGGGACAGGUAUUGGGACCACAGCCUCAAACCCCUGACUAUUGUACAUCACAGAGGCUUGUAGGAAACAAGAACAGCCUGAUGGGACUUAAAAGUGGGCGGAGAUGCUGGGGACAAACAAAACUCUUUGGCAGUUGGGACAAGUCAGAUCCCUCAGACAUAGCUGCAUCCAACUCCAAAAGGCUCAGCAUGGGCACAGAAAAGAAGAAAUCAAUCAAUGAAUUUUCAUUUGAACUGUACAGUGAUGUAGAUAUUUAAGAUUGUGUCAUUUUAUUCUUAUUUUUUUAAUAUUGUUCUUUUGAAUUUGCUUUUUCUUCUCUUUUUAACUUAAACUUAUUUAGUCUAAAAUACCAAAAGCCUAUUUUCACUUUUAGCAAAGUUAUGAACCAAGCGGGUAGCAUCAAAUCGAACUCCAGCGUGCGAAGCACUUGCUCAGCGAGACAGCAUUACCUGUGCCAAUCGAGAUAUCUGCCUGGUACAUCUGCUACAUGGUUGUGUCCAGUUCCGUUAUAAAUAAUAUAUUAUUGGUUGAAAAAAGUAUGAAAAGAGGCAGUAGUGUGGUGCAACAGAUUGCAUUUUGGAUUUGAAUAUAUGCAUUUAAUGGUCUCACUUUAUGUGGGUUCUCUAGUUUUUUCCACUUUCUAGAAAUAUAGCAGUAGGUCAAUUUGUGACAUUAAUUAAAUGGAGUUAAUGUCACAAAUCAAGUGUUUGAGGCACUGAUGGACUGAUGUCUUGUCCAGAAUAUACUUAGUACUCCUUAAAUAGGCUUGAGAUCCACUGCAUCCUUGACCAAAAUAAAACAAAUACUAAAAAAAUGUAUGAAUGUAAACAUGACAAUGCUAAUCCUGUAGGAGUAGCUUUAAGGCAAACUAUUAUUCUAUCAUGUGUCAUGUUAAAAAAAAAACAGAUUGCCUAAGCUAUAAGAAGAUCGGUAACACCCUGAAACUGAGUAACAGUACAGUGGCUACGAUCAUACAGAAGCUUUUUCAAACGGUUCCACUCGGAAAAGGCCUCGCAAGGGUCGAUCAAAGAAGUCGAGUCCUUGUGCUUGUGAGUGCUGCCAGCAAUGCUUUAGAGGUUUCAGAAGUGGAAGGUCUGCUUGUCAAUGCUCAAACCAUAUGCUGCACACUGCAACAAGUUGGUUUGCAUGGUCGUCGUAUCAGAAGGAAGCCUCUUCUGAAGCUGUUUCACAAGAAAGCCGACAAACAUUUUGCUAACGACAAUCUGUCCAAAAGCAUGAAUUACUGAAACCAUGUCCUGUUGUCUGAUGAGACUAAGAUAAACUUGUUUGCCUCAGAUGGUGUCCUGCAUGUGUGGCGACACCCUGUUGAAGAGUGCCUAAAGUCAAGCAUGUUGGUAGUAGCAUCAUGGUCUGGUCAUGGUACUGGGUCAUGGUACUGGGAGGCUGUGGUCCAUUCGAGGGAAAUAUGAAUUCCAACAUGUACUGUGACAUUCUGAAGCAGGACAUGGUGCCCAACUUUCAGAAACUGGGCCAACGGAAGAUUUCUAACAUAAUAUGACCCCAAACACAUCGCCAAAAUGAGGAUGGUGAAGGUGAUGGAGUGGCCAAGUAUGUCUCCAGACCUGAACCCUAUUGAGCAUCUGUCGGUCCUCCUCAAGUGGAAGGUUGGAGAAGCACCUUGAACAACCUGUGCAGCUCUGGUGAAUAUUAUCCUCCUAUGUUAUGUAUAACAAUGGUGCGCACACAAAUUGACAUUUUAACACAGUUUUGACAUGUUCACUUAGGGUGUACUCACGUUCUUGCCAGCUAUUUUGAUAAUAAUUGUUACAUGUUGAGAUAUUUUCAGAGGAUUGUACAUUUUUACUGCUAUACAAGCUGCACAUUGACUGCUCUAAAAUAUAUUCAGGUUUUAUUUCUAUAAUGUUGUCCCUUGAAAGAUAUACUAAAAUGGUUGCUAAAAUAUGAGGGCUGUACUCACUUUUGUGAGAUACUGUAUAUAGGCACAUACAGUUGUUGUGUUUAAAUAAAUAGCGGUAUGUUAAUGGUUGUAUGUACAUAUUGCAAAUCCAGUGAAAAUAACAAAUUAAAUUCCAA